AACUCCUGCUGCAAUGAACAUCUUUGCGUUGUUCUUCCUCGUUUCUGAUUUUUUUUAACCCUAGACUGAACUCAUUCAACGGGAAUUACUGGAUCAAAGGAUAUCAACAUUUUGAUCUUGGAGUGAAAAUAUACUGGAAUAUUUUCUGAGAAGUAACCAGAUCACAGCGGAGGAUGGCGCCCAGAUCACCUGGUACCAUGCCGCUAACCACAAGGCCCAAGUGAAUGAGGCGCUGAAAAGCUGAAAAAGAGACUUCUCUGCAUCUGCCCCGCAUUGCCAGGGGAACCACACAAGCAUCUUCAACCAUGUACUGCUCACAUGAUAGAAGCCGAUGUCCUUCUUCCAAGUGAUGGAUCAGAACAUGGCCAGCCAAUCAUGGCCCAUCCUCCUGAAACAAACAGUGAUAAUACCCUACAGGAAUGGCUAGCUGAAGUUCUGAAGAGCAAUAAAGGCAUCAAGCUGGAUUUCAAGAGUCUGGCAGCUGUCGAGCCAUCCCUGAUGCUCUUGGAGAAUGUGAAGAGGCAUCUGAAGCGUCCCGUGUGGAUUAAUGCUGAUAUUCUUCCUGGUCCAAAUGGACAUAGCAGAGUAGUGGAUGCAAAACCUUUCAUAGACACUGUGACAUCCUUCUUUCCAGAUGUGACACUUUCCCUGGGUUGGACAACAGGAUGGCAUCCUGAGAAAGUCAAUGAAGGUUACAGUUGGACAAUGGUGAAAGAGAUGGAAUAUAUAUGCAAUGAGCUAAACCAGCCUGUGACGUUUCCUGUCAGAGCAGCGUUAGUCCGGCAGUCUUGUUCUCAGUUACUUUGGCUGUUAAAGAAAUCACACAGGUACAGUCUGACUAUUUGGACUGGAAAAAAUGAUAACUAUUCCACUGAAGAUUUACUUUUUAUUAGAGACCAUUUUGACAAAAAGCAAGUUUUCUAUGACAUCUUGGAACCACAAAACCAUGAAUUUAAACAAGCCAUUGGAAUCAAAGUUAAUCUCUAAGAAGAAGAUUCUUCUAAACUGUUUCAUGUCUUGGUUUCAUAAUCCUUCUCCACUUUGGUCUGAAUUAAUUACCAUGUGAGUUAUGAUGAUUGAUUUAUGCUCCAAUUCAUCCAAGCAAAAAACGCUUAUUGAGUGCUUACUCUGUUAUGCAUAUGUCCUUGGAAUCCUGUACUUAUCUAGAAGAUUUGGUAAGAGAUUUCAGUGGGCCUAGUCUAAUACUAAUUUAGGAAAAUGAUGCUUUAAAACCCUUUAUAGGAAAUAAUUUUGAUAUACUGGAGAUAAUUGAAAGGAUCGCAUGUCAUACAUAACACAGGUAUAAAUCAUAUUGUGUUGGCAUUUGCAUUACAGAGAUUCCACAAAAACAUGGCACCCUCUUUCCUUUUUCCUGGAGAACUGGUUAUUUCAGAAACUUCAAAAGAGUAAGAGGGCUUUAAAAAUGUUUUUAACUUUCACAGGGGCAAGGAACUUUCUCAUAACAAAGUCAAAUCCAUUUACUGAAAACAAUAUAGAUUAAAUUAGAUGAAUCUAGAAUUUCCAUAUUGUUGGGAGCAUGCUGACAGCUACAUAUGUUUUUUGUAUCUUUGUUUUGAUCAUAGCAUCUUAUCUAUAGUGGGCAAAAUAGUGUGGGAGAGCAGAAUUUUACUCCUGGCAAUCUAUCAUUUGAUUUCUGUUUCUCACCAGUACCACGUUAGUCCAGGUCCUCGUUGUAUUACUAGAAUUGCAAAAACUGGUUCUUCAUGACCCAUUCCUCACACUCUACCCAGAGAUACCCUGAGUAUCUGCUGAAGAAAACACUUUUAAACACCUCUUUCUUUAAGCCAAAUCAAAAAUCUCCAAAGUCUUCUUAAAUUCAACUUUAUUGAAUUCUACUGUUUCAAGACCCUUCAUAGUAUAGUCCCACUCUAAAAGUCAACUCAAUGUCCUCCAGCACAGGCCACUUCAAAGAUGUCUACAACAUCAGUGGUCUCUAGAUCUUACUUUAACAGUUAACUUUAACUGUUUAAUAUUGUUUGCUAAUUGUGUCAUACGUAUCAGUUAUGUCUCCUCAGCCAGACCAUAAAAUCCUUCACAGUAAGGGAACGUUCUUAACUAUCCUUUACAGUGUCUGGCAUAGUCCUGAACAAGGCAUUCAGAAAAACUUGUUACUUCUUGGAUUUAUUGAAAAGUAGUUUACCAAUGAAUGUCCUAAUAGAUGUAAUUUGCCUUUUGUUUAUCAGCCCUUCUCCCAGAGAAUGAAGUAGUUCUGUACAAAGAAAAGAGCUUGGGUUUUGAAUUCAGACAGACUUCUCUCAAAGCCCCGUCUCGUCCCUUACUAGCCAUAGAUUUUGGGAAAUAUUUAACCUCAUUGAGUCUUGGUUUAUUCAUCUAUAAAGUGGUAGGUGGGUGGGGGUUAGGAUUCUUUUGUAGGCUGUUGUAAAGAUUGAGAGAGAUUCACAGAGUGGAGGCAUCUGGCUCAAUGCUUAUCACGUGGCAGGUGCUCAACAGAUGAAGUUAGUUCCUUUUAGACUUAUCAUAUGAUCAUGUAAAUAGAUAGAUAGAUGGACAGACAGCAGUAAGAGAUAUAACAUGAAACAUUGCAGACGUGUAAACACUUAAAGAAAACAAUUAUAUUUCCACUUUGAAUUUUAGCUCCAACUGCAUGCAGUAACACCUAAAACUUCACUUUCUAUGCUUAUUUGCCAAAAGCAAAAGGUGCAAUUUCAUAAUUAUAAAAUUUUAAAAAUUGUAACAAAGAAUAACUUAAAAUCAUAGUAAAAAAUGUUUAAUUUAUAAAUUUCCUGAAAUGACCAUGCUUUACUUUUAUAAAGUUCAAUUUAUAAAUGAACUGCAUUUUGAUGAAGUUUGAAAUAAAAUUUACUUGUCCAGAA